UGAAACAGGCUACUCGUUAAUGCCGAUGGCGGGCGCAUGCUCGGAGUGGAUCUGUCAGUUCUGAUCCUUUUCGACUCAGGAUGCCGUCUACGGUCGCGCACGCCUUGGUCACGUUCGGAACCGGUCUGACCUUACAUGCCCUAAGUGCCUACCGCUUCACUGCGCUUCAUGUCUUUCUUUUGACUCUGCAUGCCACCAAUGGUCCAGAUAUCGGGUCGGUCGUUGAAUUUUUACUUUCCGGGAUAGCGCCUGCGUUUGGCACGUUCUUUAUGAACGUUGUCCAUUCCCCAUUGGGGUAUCCCUUCACACUCGGGCUGUUAUGGACGAAGUUGGGCGUGUUCAUGAGUGAGCGAGACAUUCGUUGGGCUGGACGAUCGUCUUGGUACUUGCAGGUAGUGCUAAGGCCCGACGCAUGGAAAAAGCUUCCGCAAGGUUGCCUGGAUGAGGAUGUACAAGAGAGAAGCGAGCGAUCCUUAACAUUCUUUCGUUCUUGGCUUAUCACUUUGGCUGGCGCAUUGAUGCACUUUCGUUGUGACACGAUUUAUGAAAAUAAUGGACAAGAUCCGCUAUACAAAUGGAUACUGUCCACUGGAUACUGGCUUCCUGGUGCUAAUGACGUUAUCUACCCCUCUGUCGCAAUCGCUUUUGUCUGCACCUUGGGCGGAUUGCUGGGAUCAUUUGCGUUUAUACACACCUCUCUACGAACAACGCUGCCUCUUCCUCUCCCUCAAAGACUGGUACAACUGUUAGGUGAUGCACAGGGGAGAGCAAUAGCGUCUGCCGGAGUAGCACUUUGUCUUGCUAUAGGAUAUGUCGCUUUCGUUACGGCCAGACUUUCAAUCGACCCUAGGAUUCCUGCAGUGGGCGAGGAGGCCGAUCUUGGUGUGAUCUUAUUUGAAGCGGCCACGGGUAUUUUACCUUUGGUACUAUGUGCUUGCUCGUGUCCGUAUUUCCGCGAAGGGAGAAGUCCGGUAGUACAUGAAGACGAUACUGCCUUAGAGGAUCGAACGAGUUGAUAGAGAUUUGGACAAAUACCUCUCCCAUAAAAUGACUGAGAAAGAUCGUUCAGUGGGCGUUACCCUCAAAUACACCAAAACUCAAAGACCUCAGCGGAAGGCAAACUCAAGCUCCUGUUUGGUUUCUCCUUUAUCACAGCAUCCUCGGAUUGCUUUUAGCGAACAUCUUCUGCUACAAUUGUAUCUAUUUAUUUAAAUAUAUUCACUUUAGUUUUCAGUUUCUGCUA